UGAUCAGCUACCAUCAUCAGUCUCUUAAACAAAAGUUGAUGAAGGUUUCACAGCAACUUUACUGUAGUCUACUUUUCCGACCGCUGACAUGUCUGCAAUGAAUAGCUGGUGGAUUCCAUGCAUUGUUUUCCUACAUUCCGCUUAUUUGGGAUCUUGUGAUUCAGACUCUGGAAUAGCAGAUGGAGCCCAGCCUGAGCUCUUCAUUUUCCACCAGUCGUGCGCCCUGAAGAAGGACGAAGGGCCCUGCAAGGCGUUAAAGGAGCGUUUCUACUUCGACAUUGACACGGGCCGCUGUGAGGCCUUCGAGUUCGGCGGCUGCAGAGGCAACGCCAACAAUUUUGAGACCUUGGAGGCGUGUGAGGAAAUGUGCCUGGUGUCUGUUGACAAGAGUCCCUGUCACCUGGAGGAGGCUCCGGGGCCAUGUCGAGGUCUGGUGACUCGCUACUUAUUUGACAACCAGAGCCAGGAGUGCAAGCAGUUCUACUAUGGAGGCUGCUUCGGCAACGCCAACAACUUCAAGAGUAUGAAAGAGUGCCAGGCUAGAUGCCAGAACCCAGAAAACCCCACUGUGGCCCUUAAAUUGGAUGUGGCCCCUAAAUUGAAGGACACCGUCCCACAACCCCAUAGCCAGCCCAGUGUGCAGUCUCUCAAAGUAACUGACUUCAAUCCUCCGGACUUGUGUCUCAGUCCCAUUGACAGGGGCACAACAUGUGAUGGAGAGGAGAGAACUGAGAGGAGAUACGUGUACAACCCCAAGACAAAGAGAUGUCAGUCGUUGCGCUACAAUGGCUGCGGGGGAAACAAGAACAACUUUGUCCACAAGAGACACUGCAUGAAGAUGUGUGUGAAGCCAGAUCAGCAUCACAAAGGGAAGGUCAUUCGUAUAAAGAAGAAGAACAGCAACAUCUUGUUUCGAUCUGUCUAAAUCAAGGCUUCAUAUUAAACCCUUCCUACUUCCUAUUAAACCCUUCCUACUUCCUAUUAAACCCUUCCUACUUCCUAUUAAUAUUAAACCCUUCCUACUUCCUAUUAAACCCUUCCUACUUCAUAUUAAACCCUUCCUACUUCCUAUUAAACCAUUCUUACUUCCUAUUAAACCCUUCCUACUUCCUAUUAAACCCUUCCUACUUCCUAUUAAACCCUUCCUUCUUCCUAUUAAUAUUAAACCCUUCCUAUUAAUAUUAAACCCUUCCUACUUCUUAUUAAACCCUUCCUACUUCUUAUUAAACCCUUCCUACUUCCUAUUAAACCCUUCCUAUUAAUAUUAAACCCUUCCUACUUCUUAUUAAACCCUUCCUACUUCCUAUUAAACCCUUCCUACUUCCUAUUAAACCCUUCCUACUUCCUAUUAAACCCUUCCUACUUCCUAUUAAACCCUUCCUACUUCCUAUUAAACCCUUCCUACUUCCUAUUAAACCCUUCCUACUUCCUAUUAAACCCUUCCUACUUCCUAUUAAACCCUUCCUACUUCCUAUUAAACCCUUCCUACUUCCUAUUAAACCCUUCCUACUUCCUAUUAAACCCUUCCUACUUCCUAUUAAACCCUUCCUACUUCCUAUGAAACCCUUCCUACUUCCUAUUAAACCCUUCCUACUUCCUAUUAAUAUUAAACCCAUCCUACUUCUUAUUAAACCCUUCCUACUUCCUAUUAAACCCUUCCUACUUCCUAUUAAACCCUUCCUACUUCCUAUUAAACCCUUCCUACUUCCUAUGAAACCCUUCCUACUUCCUAUGAAACCCUUCCUACCUCCUAUGAAACCCUUCCUACUUCCUAUGAAACCCUUCCUACUUCCUAUGAAACCCUUCCUACUUCCUAUGAAACCCUUCCUACUUCCUAUGAAACCCUUCCUACUUCCUAUGAAACCCUUCCUACCUCCUAUGAAACCCUUCCUACUUCCUAUGAAACCCUUCUUACUUCCUAUUAAACCCUUCCUACUUCCUAUUAAACCCUUCCUACUUCCUAUUAAUAUUAAACCCUUCCUACUUCUUAUUAAACCCUUCCUACUUCUUAUUAAACCCUUCCUACUUCCUAUGAAACCCUUCCUACUUCCUAUUAAACCCUUCCUACUUCCUAUUAAUAUUAAACCCAUCCUACUUCUUAUUAAACCCUUCCUACUUCCUAUUAAACCCUUCCUACUUCCUAUUAAACCCUUCCUACUUCCUAUGAAACCCUUCCUACUUCCUAUUAAACCCUUCCUACCUCCUAUGAAACCCUUCCUACUUCCUAUUAAACCCUUCCUACCUCCUAUGAAACCCUUCCUACUUCCUAUGAAACCCUUCCUACUUCCUAUGAAACCCUUCCUACUUCCUAUGAAACCCUUCCUACUUCCUGUGAAACCCUUCUUACUUCCUAUUAAACCCUUCCUACUUCCUAUUAAACCCUUCCUACUUCCUAUUAAUAUUAAACCCUUCCUACUUCUUAUUAAACCCUUCCUACUUCUUAUUAAACCCUUCCUACAUACACUACUUUUGAAUGAGUCUUUAUUUAUAUCAUUCUUAUUUGACUUUGGUAUGUCCUUGUAGUCUUGCAGCAAUUGUAUAAAAGGCUUGUUUUGGCCUAUUGUGUAAUGUUGUAUUGCUUAUUGUAACCUUUUAACCGUUUGUAAGAAGAUUUGUUUUUGUAAUAUCACAAUUUUAUACAUUUUUUUUUACUGUCACAUACCAAAUACCGGUAUAUAAUUGUAUUUUUUUUCUUCCUGAGGACACCAGACAAGUUAUUUUUUUGACAAAUGAUGAACAUUAAUUAUCCCAAAAGCACUGCACAUGUAAUAUCAUACAAUAAAGCACAUUAUCUGUA